UGAUCUUCCUGGAGGUUUACCAGAUACGCUCUCAAGUCAGUUAAACAUUUCAAGACGCAAGAAACCCAAAUACAAACAAUUUACUGAAUUCCUGUCAAAUUCUUUCCAUAGUGCGUACUUUAUAAAGGACGCAAGCCCCGAAACUUCCUGCGCCGUCACAGAGCUGGUUCAGGGAACGUGGCAAAGCAAAAAAACAGGGCGCGGGCAAGACACACGAAACCUUGACCACACCUAUAUUGUGGUUAAGAAAGUCGAGGUCAUCAAAAACGAAGGUUUACUUGAGCGUUAUAAAACUACCAAGCGGCAGCACCGCUUACGUCGAACACAGGGCCGCUUAAAACCUUAUUAUUACGUGGAUCCCACAAUGAAAAAGCCCAUGACUGUCGAGACCGAAUCCCCUGUAUUAGAUACACUAAAUGAGGACAUCAAUGAACAGUACUUAUUUCAUGGAACAAAGAGUGCAAACAUCCCAUCUAUAUGCGCUAUGGGGCCAGAUUUCAGGAUUGCUCGCAAAGGAAUGUUUGGUCGAGCAAUUUAUCUGACAGAGAGCGCCACCAAAGCGGAUCAGUACGCAGACGAGAUGGACAGCAGACGAACUGAAGACCUCCAAAUCCUAAUUUACCGCGUUCUUCUCGGCAAUGCCUACCACUGCGAGGAACAGCAGGUAUUUAAGAGGCCGCCUUGCGUCUGUGGGGAGAAGAUUUGUCGUGACCAUCACGAGACCUUCGACUCCGUGAUAUGUGAUACCAGGAAAUUAUUCCGGGAAUUCCUCCUGUUCACGGCGGACCAGUGUUACCCAGAAUACAUCGUGACCUAUGACCGCAUUGAUCAAUUCCAGGCCAGAGCCGUGCCUCAACUGCCGGUGACGUCACUUUGUCUAAGAGCUGCCGAUCAUUCUCUCUUCAUGGAGGAAGCUUACAAGGACGAUGUCUACAGGAACUGUAGCCUGCCGCGUGGGCGCACUAUAAUCAUCAACAACAUCAAUUUCCACUACCAUGAGAAGAGGGUCGGGUCUGAGAUGGACUGUAAGGCGUUGGUAGAGCUGAUGGAACAGAUGAGUUAUACUGUUAUUGUGCAUAAUGAUCUGACCGCUCAGGGGAUCUUUGAUGUGAUGGAGACUGAAAGCCAACAAGCCACUGGCCUAGUGAUUCCUUCAUCGUCUUCAUUCUGA